AAACCAGUAGCAGCACACUCAAAGGGAGAAACUUGGAACCAGAGCUGCCAUAAAUAAUCCGUAGUUGAGGAGUACAGAGCAUAUGGGAAACGAAGCGGCAUUUGAUCUUCUCUCCCAAGACGAUCUCUCCUUGCCGCCCCUGUUCGACGAGGGUGAAGACAGUAGGGAUCAGAAGACGGUGACCCAUCAAGCGACGGACUCUGAGUAUGCCCAGGGGUUGCUGUUUCAGGAGGUUUUAGAGGUCUCCUGGGUGAUGAGCAUGAAUCCUGCGGAAAGAAAUACUGAGUCGUCUUCCUCGUCUGUGGUGGUCGUGACCGAGGCAAACCCAGAAAGAAGUCAGGUGAAAAUCAUGGACCCGGUCGAGACGGGUGUUCGAAAAGAUGGCGGCGAGUCGUCGGAGAGGUUCUGCGAGAUUUGUGCGGAGAGGAAAGAGGCCAAAGAGAUGUUCGGGAACAGGACCGUGUGUUCUCACGUAUUCUGCUCUCUCUGCGUAACCAGGCAUGUGGAGACCAAAGUCCGGGACAACGUCACCGCCAUCAGAUGCCCGGGAAUGGAGUGCGAGGGCGUCCUGCAGAUUGAUUCCUGCAGGCAAAUCCUUCCCGAGAAUGUCCUCUGCAUGUGGGAGAAAUCGUUGUGCGAGGCGAUGUUUCUGGAGUCGCAAAAGUUCUACUGCCCUUUCAAGAACUGCUCAGCCCUUUUGAUCAAGGACUGCGAUGAUGAGAAGGUGAUCAGGGAGUCCGAGUGCCCGUACUGCCACAGGUUGUUCUGCGCCGAGUGCGGCGUGCCGUGGCACGCCGGCGUGUCAUGCGAGGAGUUUCAGUCGCUGAACGAGGAUGAGAGAGGGUCGGAGGAUCUCGUUGUGAGGGAGCUUGCGAAGGAGAAGAAAUGGGGGAGAUGCCCCAAAUGCAAAUUCUAUGUGGAGAGGACUCAGGGGUGUCCUCACAUCAUUUGCAGGUGCCAGUUCCAGUUUUGCUAUGGAUGUGGAUCGGAAUGGACUGAAGCUCAUGGUGGUUGCGCAAGAAACUGAGCAAAAGGUGCAGGAAAGAAGGCUCAACCAUUUAUUAAUUUCCAUUGCAUCUGAAUUUUAUGGUUGAUAAGAACUUGCGGUACAGUGUAGUAUAGUAAGGACGUGAAGGAGUUUUUUUCGGUGAAGCUACAUAUAGCAUAUGGUUUACACCUGGUCUACGAUUUUUCUUCCUGUGUGCUUUCUUCGUGUUUGAGCUUCCAGUCACCUGCUGAAUCUUU